ACCCAAAACUUCGAGUCCCAGCAUCGCGCCCUCUACAAGCUACCCUCUCAAUUCCGCGCUCUAUCUUCCACGCGCAUUCUGUACAUGCGCUUCAAACAUUUCCUCGCCCUCUCAGACCCACGUCUUUACACUCUCGCCAACUUUCGCGUCCGCUCCCAUUGGCGCACAAUGGCCGCCGCCCCGCCUCCAGAUCGCCCGAUAAAGCUAUUGAUGCUCCACGGCUACACGCAAUCAGGGUCACUAUUCCAGGCCAAGACUGGUGCACUGCGCAAGACAUUACAAAAAGCCUUUCCCAAAGGCAUCGAGCUCGUAUAUCCUACUGCGCCGAUACGUUUAACACCCGCCGACGAAUCGUUCCUAGCAGGAAACACAAGUAAAGAUGGCGAGGGCAAAGAUGGAAAGGACGGAGAGGAGCAGGAGAUUGACGCAUGGGCGUGGUGGAGGAGGAAGGGCACAGGAGAACCAUAUACAUACGAAGGCAUGGAGCAAGGGCUGGCGCACAUCGCAGGCGUGUUGAAAGAACAAGGGCCUUUUGACGGUGUCGUAGGGUUCUCACAGGGAGGAGCAGCGGCAGCUAUGGUUGCGAGUUUGCUCGAGCCAGGCCGUCGCGCCGCGUUCGAGAACCUGUACCCUGAGGGCGGCAUGAGGUUCCCAGAGUCUUUCGAAGAGGACACUGGGUACAUGGAAGGCACAAUACAUCCACCGCUGAAGUUCGCGGUCAGCUAUAGCGGCUUUGCAGCGCGUGGAAAGAACCCUUAUCACGCGUUCUACGAACCCAAGAUCAAAACGCCGAUGCUACAUUUCUUGGGUACACAGGAUGUUGUAGUUGAGGAAGCGAGGAGUCUGGCUUUAGUGCAGGCUUGCGAACACAGCGAGGAGAAGUAUGUUGUGUAUCAUCCUGGAGGCCAUUUUCUGCCAAGCACGCAGAAAGCCAGCGUAAAUGCGCUGAUUGGGUUUAUCAAAGAAGUUUUGUACGAACAGCAAGGUGGUGGAAAGAAGGAAGAGGAGAGUGUUGAGGAUAUGGAUGUGCCGUUCUAGCGUUGAAGGCCGACAGAUUCAAGCGUCGUGAGAGCAUUGAUAUCUAUACGGAAGCGAGGCGUUCAGGUAGACUACAGUAGAUGAUAGACUAAAAGUGUCUACAAACGUGCAGCUCUUAAUGCCAUGCAGGACGCGGGGAGCGCUAUCACAAGACCAGGCGAUGGUGCACGGGCCUCCUCUUACCC